UUCUGAGUGAGUCUUUCAUCUUUUUUCCUUAAUCGUAGAAUAAAGCGGAGAGAGAAACAGAAGCUAAAAUCGUUCGUGACAGAAUCUUAGUUCAGAAUCUAAAGUGUCUGUAGGAAAAUGAUGAGGCUGCAGACGUAUGCUGGGCUUAGUUUAAUUGCGACUCUAGCGGUUAUUUAUCAUGCUUUUAACAGUAGAGGCCAGUUCUACCCGGCCACGGUUUAUUUAUCGACCUCUAAGAUCAGUUUGGUGCUUCUUCUCAACAUGGGUCUGGUCAUUAUGUGCAUCUUGUGGCAAUUGACCAAACGGGUAUUCCUUGGUCCCCUUCGGGAAGCAGAGGUUGAGAGGCUAAAUGAGCAGUCGUGGAGGGAGGUUAUGGAAAUCCUAUUUGCAAUCACUAUUUUCCGGCAGGACUUUUCAGUUACGUUUCUUGCUAUGGUCACGGCUCUCUUGUUAAUCAAGGCUUUGCAUUGGUUGGCUCAGAAGAGGGUUGAGUAUAUUGAGACCACUCCAUCAGUACCCAUGUUGUCUCACAUUCGGAUUGUUUCUUUUAUGGGGUUCCUCCUUCUCCUAGAUAGUCUCUUUUUAUACAGUAAUAUAAAGCAUUUGCUAGCGACAAAGCAUGCUUCUGUUUCACUCUUCUUUUCAUUUGAGUACAUGAUACUGGCUACAACAACUGUGUCGACGUUUGUGAAAUAUGUGUUCUAUGUUAGUGACAUGCUUAUGGAGGGACAGUGGGAAAGGAAGCCUGUCUACACAUUUUACUUGGAACUUAUCAGGGACUUGCUUCAUUUGUCUAUGUAUCUGUGCUUCUUCCUCGUGAUCUUUAUGAACUAUGGUGUUCCUUUGCACUUAAUACGAGAGCUUUAUGAGACAUUUAGGAAUUUUAAGAUUCGUGUUGCUGAUUACAUUCGUUAUCGAAAGAUCACUUCAAACAUGAAUGAUCGAUUUCCCGAUGCAACACCAGAAGAACUUAAUGCAAGUGAUGCAACCUGCAUUAUUUGUCGCGAAGAGAUGACGACGGCCAAGAAACUAAUUUGUGGGCAUCUAUUUCAUGUGCAUUGUCUCCGAUCAUGGUUAGAGCGACAACAUACUUGUCCUACUUGCAGAGCCCUAGUUGUACCACCUGAAAAUGGGACAAGUACAGCUGCAGGGCAUGGAUCACGGCCAGAUGUUAAUCAGAUGGGGACAGGCACAGGAAGUACAUCUGCUCAGGGUUCUGUUGGUACUGGUGUGGCAGGUGAUAAUUUGAGCCAGCAUCAAGUCAGACUCCAAGCUGCUGCUGCAGCCGCCUCAAUAUAUGAGAAAUCUUAUGUUUAUCCAUCUGCAAAUACACUAGUAUGGUCCCCUGGAUAUGCCAUACUUCCUAAGGUUCAAGGAAAUUUGGCUGAUUCUAGUAAUGCAGAAUCUAGUGGAGAACGAGCUUCUGUUGUACAACCACAACAGUUUGCAAUCUCUGGUGGACCUGCAAACUUGUCCUUUCCUCAAUUUCCACACACUGUUUUUGUUCCUUUCCAGGCGCCUGGAGCCAAUGUGACCAACGGAGAGAGGUUUGGCAGCGAUCUAAAUAUACCAGACUCACAGCUGGAAGCUCAGAAACAAUUUCUUAGACAGCAGAUUGAGGCCCUGCAAAAUCAGCUCCACACCCUACAGAAGCCGAAAGUGGAGGAAAACAAGGACAAGGGUCCCUCAACACCAUCGGAUAGUAAAGGAAAGACUGUUGCAUCUGCAUCUUCAUCUGUUUCGGACUGUGGUCGUCAUGGGGAGAAUGACGAGGUUGACACAUAACCUUUGGAUAAUUACAGACGUAUUUACAAGGAGACUGCAGAUUGUGAAUACAGGGAAAAGAAACAAUAGACAUUACAACGCUUCAUCUUUAAGAGCCGUUGAUGUGAGCAAUGUUGGGAGGAACUAAGCCCCCUUCCGUUUUUUUUCCUUUCUUUUUUCCCUUUUUCUAAUCCUAUUGAUUUGUAGGCUUCGAAUUAUAUCAAUUUGUGCCAAAGUGUAUUUCGGCUUUUGAUGUAAAAAUGUGCUUAUUUAUUAAUGGAUUCUAAUGCAUGCCGACAGAUAAAUCUCUCUCUA